GUUUUGGUGCAAUUUAAAAAUAUACAUUUUCUCAGACAAUGUUGAGUAGCCAAAGGUUCAAACGUCACAGAUAAUAACCUUGCGAAUUCAGUGGCAUGAUAUUAUUCAUGCGGGCAGAACCUGAUGGAGUUGCUCUGUUUUCAUUGGAGUGAAGCUUCUUCCCGAGAACUUCGUCAUGAGAUCAUCGUCAUCUGAUUCCUCAACAGCUGCAGGAAUCCAGUUGCGUUGGAGUGGACGAUGGACAUUGCCAUGUAUGCAGGUCUCUGAACUUUCAGCGCUCUAAAUCUGAGGAUUUGUGUGUGGUCAUAUUAAAUUUAGGUACAUUUUUGUGUCUUAGGAGUUUUGAAAUAAUUUAGAUGAUCUGAGGAACCGGGUGUUUUCUUUUUAAAUAAAGGACACGUUUAGGUUCGUGCGUGGGCAUCCGCUUGCUUGUUUAAAACUGUUUUCCCUCUCCACUUGUGGAUUAUGACCCUGGACACUGAUUUAAUGGAUGACCUCGUUGUCGACGUGGUGGGUGAAGGUGGCAAGGAAUCUGGAGAUGAACGGCUUUCGUCCUCAGCGCUCUCUGCAUCUGACCAGAUACUUGACAGCUCAACAUCCCUGUCCGAAAAUCGGUCCAGCAAGGGAGAUGAGGACCACGUAUCCCCUUCUUUUUGUCCAGCAACCACGAGCAAGAGCACGUCGGUGAAGCCUCCAUAUUCUUACAUCGCCUUGAUCACCAUGGCCAUUCUCCAGAGCCCGAAAAAGCGACUCACCCUCAGCGAGAUCUGCGACUUUAUCAGCCACCGGUUCGCGUACUACCGGGAGAAAUUCCCAGCUUGGCAGAACUCAAUCCGACACAACCUUUCCCUUAACGACUGCUUCGUCAAAAUGCCACGGGAGCCAGGUAACCCGGGUAAAGGGAACUAUUGGACCCUGGAUCCCAAUUCUUCAGACAUGUUCGAAAACGGGAGUUUUCUCAGGAGGAGGAAGAGAUUUAAACGACAGCACUUCAAAUUCGGCUUUAAGGAUCAAGCGCUGCAGCCGGGUGGCUUUCCAAAUCUCGCGUACGGCGCGUACGGACUCAGCGCGUCCUGCGCGCACUUGCCGGGUUUGGAUAUCUACCCGUUUGGCUUUCACCAGCCUGUCAGUGUCCCACCUGUCGGCAGCAUUUUACCUGCUCUGUCCACGCUGUUGUCACGGAACAAGUCUUUCCCACAUUGCCAAACAGCGGCCCUGGAGCCUGUCGCCCCUGGCAUCGCCUGCCCAAUGCCUCCGACCUCCCAUUACGCAUCUUCGGCACUGUUCAAUCCGGUGGGCUUUCCUCGGGUCCUCGGUUUUCAAUACGAAUACCAAAAACUGCAGAAUCUGCACAGCCACGUGGAUUUGACCACGAAACACAGACACUUGGCUAGCGUCAGUGACUAGUUGCGCAAAUAGAAAGCAAACUUUUCAUGUAAAACUCUUUUUCUCAGGAAUUGUCUCAUUGAUCCAGAAGUCAAUAGCAGUCGAAAGGAUCUUUGAAUGAACGUUGUUUAGUUUCUGUCUGUACGUCUUUCUGUUAAAAAUGCUGAAAAUAUUAUUGAUGCAUGUUAUUUUGUUGAAAUAAUCGAGCUUUGAAUGACUGAACUAUUUAAAUGACGAAUUUCCUUUUACGUUUGGAUGGAAAUAAAAAAAACAUUUUUAAAUGCACAAUAAAUUUGAAUUCUAAUUUCUAAUGUUUUGCAAAAGACUUAUAUUAUAGUUACUUAUAGUUUAAAUGGCAUGUUAAUAAUUGUUUUGUAAACGAUGUAAACAAUUAUUUGAUUUGGUUAUGCAGUUUAAUAUACACACAUAAUUCACUUGUCCUUCUAAUAAGCAACUCUCUUGUAUUUUUCAAAUUUUUUUUCAGGCAGCAUUCAAUGUAAACACAACAUUGUAAUUUUUUGUAGAUAAUUGUAAAGGCAAUAUAUAGGGUGGAUCUACGAAAACCACACAGACAGAUGUUCAAGUCAUCUUUUUUAUGUGUUUCCAUCACAAAUCAGCAAAUUAUAAGGCGAAAGUUUGUCUCUUCUCGAGUGCUGGCUGUCAUUUGUAUAUUUAUUUGUGUGAUGAGCGGGUGUAAUCAUACGGGUCGGCCUCAAAUGCGCAAUGCUAAUAUAAAAUAUAGCAGUGUCUAUAUAGGAUUACCAUAUUUAUACAUUAUAUUUAUCAAUUUCUAAACACUAAUAUACAGUGUUGACAGCUGCCUGAUCACUAAAGCUGAAAAAACUUAGUUAUAACAAAGAUACAGGGCCUUUACCGAGUGAGUUGUGCCAUGUAUAUUAUUAGUCCUAAAACAUUAAUUUUUUCAUAAUUUCAAAUAUUCAUAUGUUUGUACAUGAAUAACUAAAUAUGAAAUACCUGACCACAAGGUGAUCACAAAUAUAAAUAAGCAUCAAAUAUUC